UUANUAACUGCAAUUGGGAACUUCUGCAUAUGUUCAAUUGCUGUGGGGAUGGUUAUUGAGAUCGUUGUUAUGUAUCCCAUCCAAGAUAGACCCUAUCGUCCUGGAAUCGAUAACCUCCUUGUACUUCUGAUCGGAGGAAUUCCAAUUGCCAUGCCCACGGUUUUGUCUGUGACCAUGGCCAUUGGUUCUCACAGGCUAUCUCAGCAGGGGGCUAUCACAAAGAGGAUGACAGCCAUUGAAGAAAUGGCAGGCAUGGAUGUGCUUUGCAGUGAUAAGACUGGGACUCUGACAUUGAAUAAGCUUACUGUUGACAAAAAUCUAGUUGAGGUUUUUGCAAAAGGAGUGGAUCCAGAUACUGUUAUUUUGAUGGCUGCUCGAGCUUCGAGGCUUGAGAAUCAAGAUGCAAUUGAUACAGCCAUAGUUGGGAUGUUAGCUGAUCCAAAGGAGGCACGCGCUGGUAUACAAGAAAUACACUUUCUUCCUUUCAAUCCUACUGACAAGCGGACGGCAUUGACCUAUCUUGAUCAAGAUGGUAAAAUGCAUAGAGUAAGCAAAGGUGCACCAGAACAGAUCCUGAAUCUUGCACACAAUAAGGCAGAGAUUGAACGUAGAGUUCAUUCAGUGAUUGACAAGUUUGCAGAGCGUGGUUUACGAUCUCUUGCUGUAGCAUACCAAGAAGUUCCAGAUGGAAGGAAAGAGAGUGCUGGAGGUCCAUGGCAAUUUGUUGGCCUUUUGUCUCUCUUUGACCCACCAAGGCACGAUAGUGCGGAAACCAUACGUAGAGCACUAAACCUUGGAGUAAAUGUCAAAAUGAUUACAGGGGAUCAGCUAGCUAUAGGAAAGGAAACAGGUCGUCGCUUGGGAAUGGGUACCAAUAUGUAUCCUUCAUCAGCUUUGCUUGGGCAGGACAAGGAUGAAUCCAUUGCUGCCUUACCAAUUGAUGAACUAAUAGAAAAGGCUGAUGGAUUUGCUGGUGUAUUUCCUGAGCACAAGUAUGAGAUUGUGAAACGCUUGCAAGCUAGGAAACACAUUUGUGGAAUGACUGGUGAUGGAGUGAAUGAUGCACCUGCUCUCAAGAAGGCAGACAUUGGUAUAGCUGUUGCUGAUGCUACUGAUGCAGCUCGCAGUGCAUCUGAUAUAGUUCUAACAGAACCGGGCCUUAGUGUUAUUAUUAGUGCUGUUUUGACCAGCCGAGCUAUCUUUCAGAGAAUGAAAAAUUAUACAAUUUAUGCCGUCUCAAUUACAAUUCGUAUUGUGCUUGGUUUCAUGUUGCUGGCUCUUAUAUGGAAGUUUGACUUUCCACCCUUUAUGGUGCUUAUUAUUGCCAUCCUGAACGAUGGAACUAUUAUGACAAUUUCAAAAGAUCGUGUAAAACCAUCUCCUCUGCCAGAUAGCUGGAAGCUAGCUGAGAUAUUUACUACUGGUGUUGUGCUUGGAAGUUACUUGGCGAUGAUGACAGUCAUAUUCUUUUGGGCAGCAUACAAAACAGAUUUUUUCCCACGAGUUUUUGGAGUCGCAACUCUUGAAAAAACUGCUCAUGAUGAUUUUAGAAAACUUGCGUCUGCAAUCUAUCUUCAAGUGAGCACUAUUAGUCAGGCUCUUAUAUUUGUAACUCGAUCACGAGGUUGGUCAUAUGUUGAGCGUCCUGGUUUAUUGCUGGUGGUUGCUUUUAUAAUUGCUCAGCUGAUUGCCACUUUGAUUGCAGUAUAUGCCAGCUGGAGCUUUGCUGCAAUUGAAGGAAUAGGUUGGGGAUGGGCUGGUGUUAUAUGGUUAUAUAACAUAAUAUUCUACUUCCCACUUGAUAUCAUUAAAUUUUUAAUUCGCUAUGCUCUAAGCGGUAGGGCAUGGGAUCUUGUCAUUGAGCAAAGGAUUGCAUUCACAAGGCAAAAGGACUUUGGAAAGGAACAGCGUGAACUUCAAUGGGCACAUGCUCAAAGAACAUUGCAUGGUCUACAACCACCUGACAGCAAGUUCACUGAGCGCACACACGUCAGUGAACUCAAUCAAAUGGCCGAAGAAGCUAAAAGGAGAGCUGAAAUUGCCAGGUUGAGAGAACUUCAUACACUAAAAGGUCAUGUAGAAUCAGUUGUGAGAUUGAAGGGACUUGACAUAGACACAAUUCAGCAAGCAUACACAGUUUGAAUAUGCUUAUUAUAUAUUUGCAUAGUUAUACUGUAAAGAUUUACAUUCUAAUGUUGCUGAGAAGAAUAUAAUGUAAUGAUUACACAUGUUCAACUUUAAAGUCCUUUUUACUCUGCAGUUUGUUUUGAGCACUUAAAUGAGUGCUUUUGUGAGGUUAAUUUAUGAGAUCUUGUUUCUUUUUAGUUAUCA